AUGUACGCAGACUCUAAGCAGAACGAGUCCAGAGAGCAGAGUGUCAUUGAGCAGCUGGAAAAUCCAAGUGCAUCCGAUGGCAACAUUCUGUUCUCUGCGAUUGCGAUUGAUCCCAAACUCGAGAGAAGAAUCACUCGCAAGAUCGACUUCCGACUCAUUCCAAUACUCGCUGCAAUCUAUACUUUCGCACUGAUCGAUAGAACAAACAUUGGUGCAGCCCGUAUCUCUGGUAUCGAUGCUGCCCUUGACCUGAAGGUUGGGAACCGGGUUUCCAUCGCUAUCUUGGUCUUUUACAUCGGUUAUAUCGUCUUCGAACUGCCCAGCAACAUCAUCUUGAAAAAGCUUGGUCCUGCGACAUGGCUAUCAUUCCUUACUAUAGCAUGGGGCGCUAUUGUCAUAGGAAUGGGUUACGUUCCAACCUGGAAAGCAUUUGCAAUGCUUAGAGUGAUGCUAGGAAUCUUGGAAGCCGGCCUCUACCCUGGUUGUAUAUAUCUCAUAGCCUCUUGGUAUAAGAGAUAUGAGGUGCAGAAGAGAAUUGCUGUCUUUUUCAUGACUGCCUCCUUUCUGUCUUCACUCUCGAACAUUCUCGCGUACGGCUUGAUCCAGAUCGCGGACAACCCCAGCACCGGCGGAUGGAAGUGGAUUUUCGUUGUCGAGGGAGCCAUUACUGUGGGAAUCGGAAUCCUUGCUUUCGUCGUGGUGGUCGACUUCCCCGAGUCGAAGCGCAAUAAGUUUCUGUCCGCUGAAGAAAAAGCCGUUCUUCGAGCAAGACUCCAAGCAGAACGUGGUUCUGUGGAGGGCGAGCAGGUAAAUUGGAAAGUUAUUGCAGAGACCGUGAAAGAUUGGCAGGUCUGGGGAAGUGCGGUCAUGUACAUGAGUGCCUCAGUCGGGAUUUAUUCCUUCUUGAUAUUUCUCCCCGUCAUUCUACGCGCUGGCCUCGGCUUCUCCUUGAAGCUAUCUUUCCUUCUCAGUGCUCCACCAGCAGCCUUCUCGGUCAUUUUCGCCCUGGUCAUUUCCUGGCUAGCAGACAAAUAUCAGGUCAGGGGUCCAUUUGUCUUCGGCCAAGCAGUCCUCACAAUCAUUGGACUAGCGAUGAUCGGCUUCAUCAAGCAUCCGAUUCCGCGAUACCUUGGGGCAUUCCUCGGCCAGGCGGGUUCGAAUGCAUUGGUUAUUACGUGUCUCACUUGGGGCCAGAACAAUAUUCGGAGUGAUGCGAAGAGGAGCGUCACCACCGCCAUUCAAGUAAUGAUGGCGUCGAUUGGUGGAAUCUACUCUGCCUUAGUCUUCAGACAGCAGGACGCCCCGAAUUACAUUCCUGGCAUCAUUGCAACAGGAUCCGUGAUGCUACUCACCGCUAUUCUUGCCCCAACGAUGUCGAUACUGUUGCGUAGGGCAAAUGCGCAGGCGGAUGCCGGCCAUCGGAUUCUUGAGGGCAGUCCAGCAUUCCGGUACACCUGGUGA